UCGAUUCACGAAGAUCGUCUACGAGAGCUGAUGACUACUAUGGGUGAUCGCUGGACUCACGACAAGGUGGAUGAACUAUUUCAUGGCGCUCCAAUUAAGGAUGGCAACUUUGACUACCGCGAUUUCACCAAGAUGAUCAUGCAUGGUCAGGACGAGGAGGAUCUACAAGCCUAA